AUGCCAGGCCCUCCCCCUCCCCCUCCGCCUAUGCCGCCUAUGGGACGGGGUGCUGGUGGACCUCCGCCGCCACCGCCAAUGCCUGGAAUGAAGGCGCCGGGAGGGAAGCCGGCUUCAGGCGCAGGUAGAGGAGCGCUGCUGGGUGACAUCAACAAGGGAACGAAGCUGAGGAAAGUCGGCGCAGUGAACGAUCGAUCGGCGCCACAGGUUGGGAAGGUCAAAGAUGCUGCGCCGGCGAUUGGAGGAGCACCGCCAGUUCCAGGCAUGGGAAGGCCACCUGCACCACCUGGAGGACUUGCGCCGCCCGUGCCAGGAGGGGGAAACAGAGCGAGGAGCAACAGUGAUACUGGAGGAGACAGUGGAGUGGCUGCACCUCCUCAAUUAGGCGGGCUAUUCGCUGGGGGCAUGCCAAAGUUGAGGAAAUCUGGAGGUGUGAACACAGGUGCUGAUACCAAGUCGCCAUACAUGUCAGACCCAGAGACACGAAGCUCAGCGCCUACACCACCACGAGCAGCAGCACCAAGGCCGCCAGGCGGCCCUCCACUUCCUCCUGGAGGUGCGCCUCCCGCGCCGCCCAUGCCCGGCGCACGACCUCCACUCAGACCUGUUGGCUCUCUGGCCUCAAGUAUAAGCGGAAAGCCGAAACCGCCUCCACCGAUUGGAAAGAAGCCGCCGAUACCACCUCCUUCGUCUCGCAAACCGUCUGGUAUGGCUGCUCCACCGCCAGCAUCGCCUGCUCGAGCCCCGCCCGUUCCAGGCAGCGCACCCCAUGCCCCUCCACCACCUCCGCCGACCUCAACUCCAUCAGCACCACCGCCUCCACCACCUGGCGCUGUGCCUCCCGCCCCCCCACCACCGCCGCCAUCCGCAGCACCACGCGCUCCCUCACGAUCGACACCCCCUCCUCCACCAUCUGCGCCGCCAAGCAGACCACAAGAAGACGACGACGAUUACGAUCCCUACCGCUACGACAGCUCUCGAUCUCGAUCACCCUCGAUACCUGCUCCUCCACCACCAACAAACGGCCACAUCCCCUCCCUCGCAGAGCAAGCAGCACGAAACGCAUUCGGCCAAGGUCGCGCUUCACCCGCAGCUCCUCCACCACCUCCACCUCCACCACCACCCCCCGGCGCAGCGCCCACCCCUCCACCACCGCCCGCGUCCGCACCUCUCCCUCCCCCGCCGCCGAGCGCCGCACCAAGUCGACCUACCUCGCAAGCGCCUUCUCGAUCGAUAAUGGACGCAAGCAUGUACACACUGUCGAAUGGUGGAUCGAACUUGAGGAGUCCAACGGGCACAAUAAGCGGCGGCUCAUCAGGCCAAAAAGGCAAGAUUGUGCCCGUGCAUGACCUCCGGUGGAGGUUCCAGUCUGAGAACUCGUUUCCAGCUCCAAGACCUUUUACAGGCGGGCCGAAGAGGUAUAGGGCGGGCAGGGGGAGCAGUGUGCCGCUGGAUUUGAGCGCGUAUGAAUAG